AUGACCGAGGAAGCAACCAAGUCGUCGACAACAGGUCGCAGCAGCACCAAAACCAGCAACAUCCAUUCCAUCUUAUCUGACAACAGGACCAACACAUUUUUAGCGGCCUCGUCCGAACACCACCACAAAGCCCUGAAAAUUGGCGAAGCUGGAGUACCCUCCUGGUCCUCUCCAGACCUGGGGAAUACUGUUGUACCUACAAAACGUAUCUCGGAUCAAGAGCGAUUGCGCCUACGGCAUGCUGGCUUCUUGCCAGCGUAUUCAGAGCCUGCACACAGCCCAGAAAAAGAUAUCCAUCAGGAGUAUUUAAAAAGGCGGAAACUUUCAGUGGCUCCACACUCCUCCCCCUCAAAUACCAUCUGCUUUUCAGAAGAUCACAGGGACGAACCCCUCAGCUUAAUCACAGAAGAUGAUACUCCUAUGAGGUCUUUCCCAGUUAGAGAAUAUCCUAGAAGACUAAGCAUCGCCUCAGUUUUGACUGCUGAUAGUGGUUCACUCCCAAGCGUGGUAUCGCCGGCGACGACUACCAGUUGGGCCGGACUGGCAUCUUCUGCAUCUUCGACAACUACCGUCAACCCUCCCCAGUGGCCCUUUAUGAGCGAGCUGUACCAGCCAAUCAGUCGUAGAAGUCCAAUAUCAAAUACUGCCUCAGCAAGUACUUCUGUUGGGUCCCACCCUCGGAGGGAACACCAAGCCUUUGACGACACUGACCUUAAAACUUGGGAACUCGAUUUUGAAGUAUCAACAGCCCAGAGGAAAACACCACUUACAAGAAAAAUUCCGCGUCGUAGGCAUUUCGACACCACCGCUGCCACAGACGACUCUGGUAUGACGCCUAUCGGUAACUUUGAGCAUAUCGGUAGAACUGGCAAACUUCACCCACUAGGAGAGGACGAAAUGGAGGAUAUAGGAGAAAGACAGACAGCGUUAUCAGGGGAAGAUAUACAAAUGGGGUCGCAUCAUUCAUUAGAGGCAUAUAACGAUCUGGUAUCAGAUUUACAACAUAAAUUAUCCACCAAAACAUUAGCUCUGGAGGCUCUGCAGAAGGAGCACGAUCGUCUCCUAGGUGCCUAUAGUCGGCAACAAACCCGGAGCGCAGCAAUCCAAAAGAAGUGCUCGGUAGCGGACACCGAAAUCGUUUCCCUUUCGGCUGAGCGGGACCGGCUCCAGGAAGCUCUCGACCAGUCGGAAUCACAAGUUCAGGAAUUGACAGAGCAGCGCGACAGUAUCAAUAGAAGGCUGGUUUCUAGGGUUAAGGAAUACUCCAACAUCAUCCAACUAGCGUCGCAGAUGGAAAGCCUGUCGGUUGUGGAACGAAAGAGGUGGAAGGAUAGAGAUGCCUUACUAAGGUUGAAAAUAGAGGAACGGGAUCAAGUCAUAGAAGAUAUGCAACAGCGGCUCACGGUAGCUAUGGCCGCUGAUGAAGUAGGAGGACCUAGCCGAUCUCCGAGAUCCGAUACGGAUCCCGACGAAGUUAUCAUGCUGCGGAAGGAAAAUCGAUUGCUAAAGGAAAGGGCUGAAGAACUCGAGGCUUCUGUCGGUGAAGCGAAACAGGAGGUCCAACGGAUGAAGGAAAUCGGGCGGAUGUUGGUUGCACCGGAACCAGGAGGACUUUGA